AUGGCUAACAAAUCGGCAUUGAUUCUUUCAAAACAACUCCAAGAGUUGACAAAACAUCCAGUCGAUGGGUUUUCAGUAGGGUUAGUAAACGAUUCUGAUAUAUAUGUAUGGCAAGUGAUGAUUGUAGGACCCCCAGAUACCUAUUAUGACGGGGGAAUGUUUCAGGCAACUCUCACUUUCCCAAAAGACUACCCAAACAACCCUCCUAAGAUGAAAUUCAUUUCUGAAAUUUGGCACCCAAAUGUGUAUAAAACGGGGGACGUUUGUAUUUCAAUCCUCCACCCGCCUGGAGACGACGAAUUUGGAUAUGAGUCCGCCGCAGAAAGGUGGAAUCCUAUACAUUCCGUUGAGUCGAUUCUUCUGAGUGUCAUCUCUAUGUUAAGUCAACCUAAUGAUGAGUCACCGGCAAAUGUAGACGCUGCUGUAGAGUGGAGAACAAACAAAGAAGAGUAUAAGAAAAAGGUCAGAAGAUGUGUCAGAAAGUCAAUUGAGGGGUGA